AUGCCUGUCAACUUUGCGUCCAGAGGACGUGAGCGACAUUCUCAAUUCAACAAAUCCGUGGCCAAAGGUCUUCUUAAGCGUGUCAGAGCAAAUCUGCGUUCUGCUUUCAACAAAGCCUUUCUUGCCCACCAUGCCGGAGUGAUCCAGAAAGACGCCAGUACGAAUCGUGUCCCCAAUGUCCCUGGUAAUGAUCUAUUCCAAGGAGCAUCGACCGUUUUGGAUGUUACCAAUGUCGUUCAGGCCCCUUCCCCACCACGACCGACAGGGCUGACCAUAAGGUAUGUCAUUCGCAGCCGGGAGAAUCGCCCAUCUUCAACUAAUGACUCGUCCGACCGUUCAGGCUUGAAAGCACAGCGGCCGUGCAAGAAACCGAGCCAGAUUUCUGCUUCCUCACUCGCUCAGCCCUCGGUAUACUUCGCACCACCUUCGCAGCUUGGUUGUCAACUGCUAGACGAACAACAUCUUGCUGCGCUCGCAACAUCUACAGCGUUGUUUGGUAACGAUGAGGCUGAUCACCUUGACAUUCAACAGAAACAGCCCUCUACAGAAGCACAGCCAGAACGUGCGGCCAUUGCUGAAGCCGGAUUCUGCCGUACAAAGCAGGGUUCACUUUCCGAGAAGGUGAAUUCUCAGAUUCUCGGCUCUUCGCUGUCCGGCACUGACCCAUCCAGCCAACUUCUAUCUCCCUCGCUGUCUUCCCGACACCUUCCUUCUGGAGCCUCAAGCAAGGACACGUUUGCUCUUCGGAGAAAGCCGAAACCCCCGAAUCCCGGUUCGACAAGUGUCCUAUUCGGUGGCAUGGAGACUCUCAGUGACCCGUUCAUACAGUCAGAGCCAGAGAAGGAAUGUCUGGAAAUGAAAUUCCCUGUGAGCGUCGGGGAUGCAAAAACGCAAGCCGAAAUAGUCCCAAUUUCGGAGACAACGACUGUUGCCGAAACCCACACCCCGAAGUCCCCAGCACGUUGGUCGGAUGAUUACGACCAAUUCUCAUCAGACAGGCAGAAUCGUCGGUUGAUUCGAAUUGCAUCAGGACAGUACGAGUUGCUUGACAGAGGAUAUCACCUGAACCCACCACCGAUGCUCGACACCCGCAUCCCGCGCGUGCGCACAUUGGUCCCAGAUGAUUCGUCUGACGAAGAUGGAGCUAUGACGCCACAGCCAGAGCAUUUCCGUCAAGAGCGAGAGCCGCUUCCGCAGGAACAACUCCUUCCCCAAGCCAUUCCAGUAAUGGUGCCCCUGGCUACUGCAAUAAAAAAUGCGCAGUCGGCCGUGAACGGGAGAGUUGCGGCUCGGGACGAGGAACUAGCAACAGCUCUGCAGAAUGUCCAGCAGAGAGAUGCAGAGAUUGCACGACUAAAAAUCCUCCUUAGCACAAGAGACGCAGAGACCCAAACAUUACGGACUCGAAAACUACCGGAUGAGCAUCCAGCACACUAUGGCCGUGACUACGAUGACGAGUCUGAGACAUCUGAUCUAUAUGGCGGAAGUGGUUAUCAUGCAGAUAUUGAAGACAGCGACGGCGGAGCCAGCAACGACACCAUCCAGAUUCCGUCGCUUUAG